CACGAGCAGCAUCUUGCGCGGGUCCGUCUGACCGCGACCAAGUGCCUGCUCCGACAAACUGGGCAACCUCGCUUCAUCGAUGGCCGCUCCGCCGCGCGAAAGGCCAUCGCCCGUCCUCAAAUGGCAUUUGUCCGGAACCGUCCAUGUUCAAAUUCGUUCGAGCGCACCGCGCGACGUUCUGGACCACGUGAAGAUGCAGCGUUCAGUCCAGCAACUGGCUCCGGGCGUGCAACGUCCCAGUCCGCCGAUGCUGCCACCGUCUGGACCGUACGAAGGGUAUAUAAAAAGGACCAGCGACCGACGCCAUGAAAGCACGGACGAACCGCACUGCAGCCCGCUCGUUCCUGCUCUGACGCAUCCUCGCUCGUAACUCCUCGCAGCCAUGAAGAGCACAUCCGCCGCCGUCCUUCUCUCCGCCGCUUCUGGCGCGUUCGCCAGGACUAUGACCGUGUACAACGGCUGCCCGUUCACGGUACGUGCACCAGAUAUCUGGCCCGCGAUGUUCACGGACAUGAACGUCCCUAACAAUGCGGCGCCCAACUACCCUACCGGAUGGGUCGCCGACGCCUACACCCAUGUCACCUUCACCGUGCCGGACAACUGGCAGGCUGGUCGCAUUUGGGGUCGCCGUGACUGCGACUUUAGCACCAACCCCGGUCCCAACUCCUGCCUUGACGGAGGCUGCAAUGGCGGUCUGGAGUGCGCCACGAGCGGAGGCACCGGUGUCCCACCUGCAACUGUAGCUGAGUUCACCUUCGAUGGCACCAACGACAAUUACGACGUGUCUCUCGUGGACGGGUAUAACCUGCCACUGCGCAUCGACAACACAGUGGGAUGCCCCGUCGCCGACUGCCCGGUUGAUCUCGGCCCGAACUGCCCUGCCCCGCUCCAGGGUCCGUUUGACUCUACUGGCUUCCCCGUUGGAUGCAAGUCCGCUUGCUUCGCCAACCUCGACGGCAACCAAGCCAACAGCCCCAACUGCUGCAGCGGACAAUACAGCACGGCUGCGACGUGCCCCUCGAGUGGUGUUGCCUACUACUCCUAUUUCAAGAGCAACUGCCCCAACUCGUAUGCGUACGCCUACGACGAGAGCAGCGGAACUGCCCUUUGGUCGUGCCCUGCUAGCAAAGCGGCCGACUACACCGUCACCUUCUGCCCUCCUUAAAAAUUUCUCUGGGUUGUGGAUCAAACAAAUCAAUGUAUCAAUGUGGAAUAACGGUGCUAUGGAAUGACAAGCAAUUCGGGCUCGAGAUCGUAACUGGCAGCAGAUGAUGUUGAAUGAUUGCGGCAGCGCGGGCUGCCCCCUACACCGGUCAUCAUCGCUCGACCGGUACGGUUGUCGGAUGAUUGCACGCGUACUCUACAAAGUACGGCUCAACCUUACCUAAUAAGUUGAGCUGAAGCAUCAGCGAGACGCUUAUAGCCUACAGGAAUGCGACCGUAAUAGGUUGC